AUGAAAACAGGAAUACUAGUGUGUCUGCUUUUAGGGUUAGUGCACGGAAUUGCAAUCCAGAAGAUAUUUAGGCCAAAGUCCAUAACGGUUAUGUCCGAAGUAAUACCGCAGGCAGGAAUGGGCAUAAAACUCGAUGCCACUAUCAUAGAAGGGAGCCAGAUACAGAUUCUUGCAGGAAUGAAAAACAACCUAUCGGCAUCGACAGAACUCGUGGGAACAUUCCAGAAAAACAUCGAGGCCAAGGAGCCCGGAGAGUUUGAGCUGCGCAUAGUCAAUGACAGCGAUGACUACGCCAAUAUCUCCAUAUCGAUAUACGUUGACAGAGCGCACGAAGACACAGACGAAGCAGAAGUGCUCAGAAAGCUGCUUGACAAAGUGCGAGUGGACUUAAUGAAUAUAUACAAUGACAUUCUAAAGCUGAAAAACAGCAAUAACAACAGCCUUGUGAAAGCCACCUCUGCUAAAAACACUCUGUGGGUUGUGUGCAUAUUCCCUGCCCUGUACAUUUUCCUGAGCUACUGGCGCCUGCAGUCGAUCAAAGGCUUUUUCAGCACCAAAAAACGCAAUAAGAUAUAA